CUUCCAGCAGCCAUUGGCUCCAACUCCAGCCCUUGGUCACCUAAAAUAAUCCCAGAUGAUUCUCCCACACACAUGCUGUCCUGUUUAAUGCUCCACAACACUUGUAACAACCUAAAAUCAUAUAUUUAUUCAAAGGUUUUUCUGCUUUGUUCACUGCUGUGUUCUCAGUGUCUAGACCCUGCCUGUAAGACGCUCAAUAAAUACUUGUUGAUGGAAUGGGCUUCCGGCACCCAGCACAACCUCUGUUGGGCACAGAGGUCCCCUGUCUGGAGUGUGGGUCUGGCAGGGCCUGGGAGGGUUUGCUUGGGCCCAUCCAGGGCUGGCUCCCUUUGGCCAAAUUCAAGGCUUGGUGAAUCACAUCACUGUCCACUCUGCCAUCCCCCGCCCUGCCUUACAGAGACCCAAGAUCCCUCAGGUGCUUCCCACAGGAAGGCAGGGCCCGGCCAGGACUUCAGGUCGAGAUUCCCAGAUCAGAGACAGCCAGCCACACCCAAGGGAUGCACAGCACCCACAGACUCAGGGUCUGAGGCUUGAACCCAAAACCAAAAGCAAGGAGGCCCCUGGAGGUUGGGCCAGUAGCUUCAAGCAGGGAGGGGAGUGGCUGGGCAGUGGCCAAGUUCCUAUGUUUCCCUCUAGGCUGGACUGGGCAGGAAGGGUCCCAGCCUCCCCCAUCUAUCUGUCUCUGCAACCUGCUGAGGCCACAGGCCCUGGUGGCCUUAGCCAGGAGGGAGGCACAUCUCUUGUCAGCUUGUUUUUCUUGAUUAUUUUUGAGCGGUUUCCUGCCCCCUCCCCAAAGCUUUCUGUCUCAUAGUUUCCAGGAAGUUCCUGUCACACGAGGAGGGGCAGCGGCGCCCCUUCGUCCCAGGGGAGUGCUACGUGGGCCAUGUGCCCAGCUCAGCCCUGGGACCCAAAAUGGAGAAAAGAAAGGAGAAACUGAGGAUGGCACUCCUCUCCGUGGGAACCCAGGGGAAGGAAGCACUGUAGGGCGUGGGUAGGGAGAAGCCUCAUCUUGGCCCCAACCCCUGGGCACGCAGGCAAGCCACCCGCAGAGCCCCUGAUUAGUCGCAACUACAAGGGCGAUAUCGCCAUGAGUGAGAUCGAGCACUUCAUGCCUCUGCUCAUGCAGCGGGAGGAGGAGGGCGCCCUGGCCCCACUGCUGAGCCAUGGCCGGGUCCACUUCCUGUGGAUCAAACACAGCAACCUCUACUUGGUGGCCACCACACUGAAGAACGCCAACGCCUCCCUCGUGUACUCCUUCCUCUACAAGACUGUCGAGGUAUUCUCUGAGUACUUCAAGGAGCUGGAGGAGGAGAGCAUCCGAGACAACUUUGUCAUCGUCUAUGAGCUGCUGGAUGAGCUCAUGGACUUUGGCUUCCCACAGACCACGGACAGCAAGAUCCUGCAGGAGUACAUCACGCAGCAGGGCAACAAGCUGGAGACCGCCAAGUCACGGGUGCCGCCCACUGUCACCAACGCUGUGUCCUGGCGCUCCGAGGGCAUCAAGUACAAGAAGAAUGAGGUCUUCAUCGACGUCAUAGAGUCUGUCAACCUGCUGGUCAAUGCCAACGGCAGCGUCCUGCUGAGCGAGAUCGUGGGCACCAUCAAGCUCAAGGUGUUUCUGUCGGGAAUGCCAGAGCUGCGGCUUGGCCUCAACGACCGUGUGCUCUUUGAGCUCACUGGCCUUUCAGGGAGCAAGAACAAGUCCGUGGAGCUGGAGGAUGUGAAAUUCCACCAGUGCGUGCGGCUCUCUCGCUUUGACAAUGACCGCACCAUCUCCUUCAUCCCACCCGAUGGCGACUUCGAGCUCAUGUCCUACCGCCUCAGCACCCAGGUCAAGCCUUUGAUCUGGAUUGAGUCCGUCAUUGAGAAGUUCUCCCACAGUCGCGUGGAGAUCAUGGUUAAGGCCAAGGGGCAGUUUAAGAAGCAGUCGGUGGCCAAUGGCGUGGAGAUAUCUGUGCCCGUGCCUAGUGACGCCGACUCCCCAAGGUUCAAGACCAGUGUAGGCAGUGCCAAGUACAUGCCAGAAAAGAAUGUCGUUAUUUGGAGUAUUAAGUCUUUCCCGGGGGGCAAGGAGUACCUGAUGCGUGCCCACUUUGGCCUCCCCAGCGUGGAGAAGGAGGAGGUAGAGGGCCGGCCCCCCAUUGGGGUCAAGUUUGAGAUCCCCUAUUUCACCGUCUCUGGGAUCCAGGUCCGAUACAUGAAGAUCAUUGAGAAAAGCGGUUACCAGGCCCUGCCAUGGGUUCGCUACAUCACCCAAAGUGGUGAUUAUCAACUUCGUACCAGCUAGGAGAGCAAAGAGGUGGGGACUUGGACAUGGGGCCUUCCUUCUUCCCAGGCUGGGACUGUAGACUUGGGAAGAAGAUGGGGGAUGUGUAUGAGGGAAGGCCCCUGCCUUAGCAGUUUCUUGUUCCCAGCACCCAGAACCUGGCUUCCUCCCUGCCUUUCCCUCCACCCAUAGGCUGGGGAGGAACAGUCUCCCUACCUCCUGCCUCUGGGCUCCUCCCUCCAAUUUUAUAUGAAGAAAUAGAGGAGGGUCUUGAAGCCCCCUCAUGAGUGCCUUCUUGUAGUGACCUGCCUUAGGGGUGUUGGGGCCCCUCCUUCACAGCUGCUGAGCCCAGAGGCCAUCCUGGCCCACCCUGAGUUUUAGGAUGGUAUUAAAAAGA